AUGCGGCAAUUGAUCGCCAGCCCGAGUGACGUCGGGCUCCAGCGAGGUGACGACGCUUCAAAAUCUUUCGCAGCUGCCCCUAUUCUGCAGGACUUGUGCGAGGACAAGAUGUCAUUCAACUCGCGAGUUCAGACCCACGGUUACCGCGAUCUGCAGCGUGAAGCGGUUGGCCAAAAGGAGCGUACGACAAGCCUCAGCCAACAGGGGGCAAUUAAGUUGGAUGGUUUCGGCAUACUACUCUUCUCCGUAAUUCUGGCCAGCAUGUCAGGCAGGUCCUUUGGGAGGAAACAGGCGACCGGCAGGAAGCAGCGCUCGUUUGAGAGAGCCGAGAAGAUGUCAAAGUUUGCGGCGUACAGGGCGACGGGCGGGAGCCCCUUACGUCGCCUUGAUGCUCCCUGA